GAAAUGGCGGACGGCAACCUUAGUUAUUUUCGUACUUGUUUAGGUUUUUUAUUGUGGCUUUUGCAGGCUUCAACUCUUUCAUAUGGAGGACAAAAACUACGAAUGGUUAAUUUGGUUUAUCGACAUGGGGACAGAUCACCUGUAAGAUUUUUUAAAUCAGAUAAGUAUCAAAAUUAUUGGCCACAAGGAGAAGGACAACUUACUCAGAUAGGAAUGAAACAGGAAUAUGAACUGGGCAGGUUACUGAAGGAUCGUUAUGUUGAAAACAACAAGCUCCUGAAUUCAUCAUAUCUGUUUAAAGAGAUCUAUGUUCGCAGUAGUGAUAGGGAUCGCUGUAUCAUGAGUGCUCAGGCCCAGCUUAAUGGUCUUUAUCCACCUCAUCGAAAACAGAUAUGGAGGAAUGGUCUGGACUGGCAACCAAUUGGAGUUCAUGUGGUACCAAAGAAUGAGGAUUAUUUUCUGCGGCCAUAUGAUUACAAUUGCCCUCGCCUCAGUGAGCUGAGUAAAAAUUCUAAACAAGAGGAACAGUACAAAAAUAUGGCCAAACAAAACAAGGAGGUACUAGCUUAUAUAUCAGCACAUGCUCAGCAAAAUGUAACUCUAGACAAUGUUUGGGGAAUCUAUGACACACUUUUCUGUGAGAAAUCACAUAACCUGACACUUCCUUCUUGGGCUACAAAUGGCACAACUUGGGAAUCCCUCAGGAAUUUGAGUGAAUUUGAAAUGACAUCAUUAUUCAACUCUCCAGAGAAAGCUAAAUUGACGGGAGGAAGUUUAGUGGGUGCCAUUAUCAAGAACAUGCAAGGUUACCUUAAAUCAGAUAGCAAAAAAAUGUACAUUUACUCUGCUCAUGACACUACAGUGGCUGCUUUGCUGAGUGCCCUGAAUAUUUAUGAUGGGAUCCAGCCGGCUUACUCCAGUGCAGUCAUCAUCGAACUCUUCUCAGAUGAAAAUGAUGCUAAGAAAAAUGCGACGGUUCGUAUAAUGUAUCGAUUUGGCCAAAGCAAAGAUCCAAAGGCUCUCAAGUUGCCAAACUGUCCACAAGAUUGCCCUAUGAAUGACUUCAUCAAAGCGACUUCGGAUGUUGUUCCUGAUGAUAUCGACAAGGCUUGUGGAAAAACAGCCACAAAACCAGCUGAAGAGAAGUGCGUCCAGACCUUUAUAUACAAGAGUUUCUUGGCAGCCUUCAUUUCAGUCACUGUUGUGUUGGCUCUUCUUGUGUUCUGUUUGUGCGUCAGGUGCUGUCGCAAGCGAUGCCGAGGAAAUAACAUCACUGUGUACAAUACCGAUCUGCUUAAAGACGCUCGGCUUUUGGACAGACCAGAUUAUGAUUCAGAUACCUGAGCUGUCUUCCAUUUCCAGUCACUUUUAUAUUGUUUAAAAUUUUUUUGCCCAUAGCCAUCUAGAAGUCUCUUUAAAGGACACAUGUCCUUUUAAGGACUAACCCUCGCUAGAACGAUCAUCUUACGCAAUCCGGCGGCUGUUUCUACCGGAUUUAAACCAUUUACGGUAAUAAUUUCUUCAAAAACCUACAUGAUUAUUUUGAUAGAUUUGUUUUUCCUUCACGAGUCGCCUGAGUUGCGCUUAACCGAGGAUCAUGUGCAUAACCAUCCUUGUUGCUACAAAUUUCCUUGUAAAUUAACAAAGGCAAUGUCGUGUUAUAUCCAAGUAACACACCUGAUUAUAUAAAUUUGUCGAAUGUAAUGACUUUUCCACUGGAUAAUGUACUUAUAUUGAAAGGAAAAAAUGUAGGCUGAUAACGAUUAAGACUUUUUAGUGUUGACGGGGUUCCACUGUUAUGAGUUAGUCCGAGUAAAGAUUGUCGGAAAAUCAACCAAUUCUUUGCAAACUUGACAAACAAGACGAACUUCGUAUCAAAUAGUAACGUGACAGGUAAAGAAAAGUACAGGGGAAAAAGAACAAAUCUGAAUCAUUCCUUUAAUCUGCUUUCGAUUGUGGCGUUAAAUUUUUCAUUGCGUGUCAUAUUUGUAAGAUAUAUCAAUGUAGGAUGAGGUGUGGAUAUUUUGCAGGGGGUUCAAUGUGUUCUUACUAUAAAAAUGGGUCGGAUAAUACAUACACUAGUUUUACUCCCAAUUUAGUAGGUUUUGUUCUUCACCAUGAAUGACAUUAAUCACUUUAUUCUCUCUUAUUGAUAUUUAUGAAUUAUGAAAAUUUGGUUUGCAUCCUACAAUAUUGUUUCACACUUUGCAAACGGUGUUGCGUUUGUAGCAUUGUUUUACUCCCAAUGUAGUAGGUUUUGUUUUUCACUAUUAAUGACAUUAAUCACUUUAUUCUCUCUUAUUGAUAUUUAUUAAUUAGGAAAGUUUUGGUUUGCACUUUACAAUUUUGUUUUACGCUUUCCAAACAGUGUAGCGUUUAUGAGUUAUUAUUUCAAAUGGAAUCGAUACAAUGAAUUCAGCAGCUAUAUUUUUAGAACUUUAAAUAAUUUAAGUAGGUAGGAAAUGGUAUUUUUAUCGCUUAUCACAAGCCACAAUGAACUUUGAAAUAAACUGAAUAUUACUGCGGUGUUCACCUCUA